AUGGAAAGUGUUAUUAUAAAAUAUCUCCACUUGAAAGAUAUAUGUAAUUUAAUUCUUGUUAAUAAAAAAUGGAAAGAUAUUAUUUCUAAUAUUACCGCUAACCCCAAUAAUGAAGAGUUAAAGAAAGAACUUAAAAUCUUUCCAAAAGCAGAAGAAAUUCAUUGUGAAAUCGAAGAAUUAGAAGAAUUAAAAGAUGAUUUAGUAAAAAGAAGCAAAGCGUUUUAUAUUAAAUAUAAAAGUUGUUAUUUAAGUCAAUCUAACACAGAAUUUGAAAUUCGAAACAAAAUUAAAUUUAUUGAAUCUACUUCAAAUUGCCUAUCACCUUUCAAUGGGUUAUUAGGAAUGAUUAAAUUAGAAGUUAUUAAAAUACACAUUUAUUUUGAUGAGACUGAUAGUGAUGAUGAAAAUGAUAUCACUUCAUUUGAAUCAUUCUUUUUAAAUUUGAAACAAUUAACUUCAUUAAAAAAGGUAAUUGUUUAUUGUCAUUAUUAUGAUGUUUUAACAAUAAUUUCUAUGAUUAAUCUAUCAUGUGAAAUUCUUUUAUAUGUUGAUGAAUGGUUUUGUUACAAUAAUGACAAAUUAAAUGAACAUUUGAAAUUAAAACCAAAUAUAAAAAUAAUUACUUUUAUUAAUAAAUCAUCUUAUCCUUUUAUUCAAUUACCAAUAAAAAAUACUUAUAUUAUUAAUAUCAUCUUCUUUAAUCAACAUUUUCUUUUAGAAUCUUUCCUUAAAUUAUAUCAACCAAUUCAUUUACGUAUUGAUUGUAUGAAUAAGAAAGAAUUUAAUACUAAAUCUGUAGAUAUUCUAAAAAAAUCAACAGUUCAAACUAUUCAAUUAGAUAAUAUUAGAAAGAUUCCUAAGAUAUUUCAAAAUACUUCUGUCACUAUUUCUUUAUCACAAAUUUAA